AUGGAUGCCAACCAGUGCACAGAGCAAUGGCAGCGCACGAUCCUGAAGAAGAGCAGAUUGCUCAAGCAAAUUCAAGAGCGGAUCGCCGAUGAAAUCAAAGUCACCCGCAUCACCAGAUCGGAACAGCUCAACGUGCUGGAAGAUUGGAAAGGCACCUUCACGAAUCAAAUCAAGGCUGACCUUGAACAAUGCUCCGGUCAGCUUCUCGCGCCGCUCCUCAGCGAGAUUCAGGCUUCGCUUCCGUUGGAGGUCCGUGAGAAUAUCUACGAGCAUGUCUUCGACAUCAGCAAGCCGAUAGUCAUCCCAAGACUGGAACAUCCCAAGGUCGAGAUCGUGAACGGAAGACUGCAAUCUGGCAGCGCUGGAGCGAGCGAGCAUGCGAAAGCCAUGCACGAAGAGCUCAAUCCGUUCAUGCAGGACUACUGCUUCUCCGUUGCUGUGAUGGGUUCACCAACCAGUGCUGAAUUCCAGAACCUAGCGCUUCGCAAAACGCCCUUCUACUUCCGCGGCUCCAGAACCAGUCUAAACGUUAGACAGCUACUGAAUACCGAGAUCCGGCCGGGGGUAUACUUCCGCGAUCUUGUCCGCCAUCUACGUGUGUACCUUCGCAGCAACGCCGCCUUUCACGAUGCCGAAGACGUUGCAACGGGUGUGAGCAGAGCUCAAAUAGCAAGCUAUUCAGAACAUGUCACACUCGACGUACCUUCAACAAGCGCAAUGUAUCUUGAUCGCCUAGAAGGGUUGGAGACGCUCAAUUACACAAAUCAUACUGUUAGGCUGGAGCUUUGCUUCCUUGCUCCCGCAACAGGUCCUGGAGGGAUACUGCAUGAACCGAGUACCAAACGUAAUCUGUAUGAGAUGGUAGGAUCGGUAUACCGCCGUGCGAGGGAUGGUGGCGCAGACGUCAAGGUACGGUAUGAAAGGUUCAGCACAGGAGGUGGAGAAGACUGGACGGAAUAUCUUGAGAGGGACAGACGAGACGCGGUGCAGAUUGAGGAUCUCAGAGCGCGUGGUACACUGCUUCAUGUAUCCCACUGGGAUAAUCUAGAAGAUGAAUAG